UUGUGUUUGUUUGUGAGGCGAGUGAUAUUGUUCGGUAAACACAUUUAUUUUUUUGAUCAGGAUUACGUCAUUUUCAUCCAAAUUUAUCUAAGAUUCCGAUAGUUUUUCGAAAUUUUCAGAUUGUAAAUUCUACAUUACUGGUCUGGUUUUUGUUUUGUGUGAUCCAGAAAAAAAUGGACCGAUCUAAAGUUGGUACACGUCUUACAUUGAGUGAACGUUUUAAAUUGAUUCGGCAAGAACAACAAACAAGAAAAAUUAUGGUUAAUCCAUCGAUAGAAUCACCUGGUGAAAAACUUGCACGCCCAAUGAAAAAUUUUAAUGGUACUGUUUCACGUAAUGAACGUCCACGUGCUAUACUUCAACAAGGAUCUGAACGAAAUCGACGAUUAGUACUUCAAAUGGCUACUAACACUCAAUUGAUGGAAGAAUUAAAAAAUCAAAAUACUAAGAUGUUUGUUAAUCUGCCUAUUGUACAACAACAGGCAAAUAAUAACAAUCUUGCCAUCAAUAAUAAACGAGCCGCAAAUAUACCGAGUGUUCGAGCAAGAUUAGGAUUACGAUCGGGUAAUUCAAUUCGUCGAAAUGGUAAUUUAGUUACUGGCAGUAUUAAAAAUCGAUUAGGACGAAAACCGAUUGCUCAACGUCUUGGUCUGGCACAAACACUCAAAUCGAGUGGACGAAUCAAUCUACAGAAUCGAACAAAUGGCUUUAUCACUAAUAAUAGCAAUAUGCGUCGUGGGACACAGGUAUUUAAAUCAAAAAAUCGACCAAUGAAUAUUGUCAACAAUAGAGUACCAAGGAAUCGAAUUCGUAACAUCGGACAACGAAUUAUAAGAAAAAAUAAGAAUAAUAAUCAACGAGUUACGGUUGAAAGUUUGGAUCAAGAUUUAGAUUUGGUUCAAAUUGAAUAUGCCUUAGCUGCUGUUGCUGCCGGCGCUUCUUCAGUUGGAAUCAAAGCAAUGAAUGGAGUGGUUAUGGCAACUGAAAAGAAAACCAAUUCUAUUCUUACUGAAGAACAUAGUCUUUAUAAAGUUGAACAAGUUACCGAUCAUAUUGGUAUGAUUUAUUCGGGUAUGGGCCCAGAUUAUCGUCUACUUGUACGUAAAGCAAGAAAAAUUGCCCAAGAAUAUUUUCUUGUAUAUUCAGAACCAAUUCCAACUACACAAUUAGUUCAACGUGUUGCUCAUAUUAUGCAAGAAUAUACACAAUCUGGUGGUGUUCGUCCAUUUGGUGUAUCAUUAUUGAUUGCAGGUUGGAAUGAUGAUCGUCCUUAUUUGUUUCAAUGCGAUCCAUCUGGUGCUUAUUUUGCAUGGAAAGCAACAGCAUUGGGUAAAAAUCAUAUAAAUGGUAAAUCAUUUUUGGAAAAAAGAUAUAGUGAAGAUCUUGAAUUAGAAGAUGCCAUUCAAACGGCAAUAUUAACAUUGAAAGAAUCAUUUGAAGGACAAAUGACACAGGAUAAUAUUGAAAUUGGUAUUUGUAAUAAAAAUGGUUUCAAACGUUUAUCACCCGGAGAAGUUAAAGAUUAUUUAGCAACUAUUGGUUAAAAAUAAUCAAUAUCA